CCAGUUGUGAUGUUUACGUGAAAACGUGCGUUUCUAGUGCGACCACGUCCUCGCCAUUUAUCCGGAUGCGGAUGCAGUGCAGCCAGUUGUGAGAUCCCCCCAAUUCCCGAGAUGAAGUUCGCCGAGCACCUGACGGCCCACAUAACGCCCGAGUGGCGAAAGCAGUACAUUAACUAUGAGGAAAUGAAAGCCAUGCUGUAUGCAGCCAUCGAACAAUCGCCCUCCGCAGAACUCGUGGAGCGCGAGAUGGUGACGCGAUACUUUGCCAAAUUCGAUGAGGAGUUCUUUCACUACUGCGACAAGGAGCUGGCCAAGAUCAACACAUUCUACUCGGAGAAGAUGGCCGAGGCGACACGCAAAUAUGGCAGUCUGCGCAGCGAGUUGACCGAAGCCCUGGAAAUGGGACACCCAAAGAAACUGCCCGCGUGGAAGAGGCGAACGCCGCUGGGCAAGAAGAAUGUGCCGGCGCGCAAGAUACAGGAUCUCAAGUUGGCAUUUAGUGAAUUUUAUCUGGGACUGAUACUGCUCCAGAACUAUCAGAACCUCAACUUCACGGGUUUCCGUAAGAUACUUAAGAAGCACGACAAGUUGCUGAGCGUCGACUAUGGUGCACGUUGGCGCACGGAUCACGUGGAGGCAGCCCACUUUUACACCAACAAGGACAUUGAUCGGCUGAUCCAGGAGACGGAGCAGGCUGUUACCCAGGACAUCGAGGGAGGAGAUCGUCAGAGGGCAAUGAAGCGGUUGAGGGUACCACCACUGGGCGAACAGCAGAGUCCUUGGACGACCUUCAAGGUUGGUCUCUUUUCUGGCGCCUUUGUGGUGCUCUUCAUUACGGUUGUGAUCGCUGCCAUGUUCUACGGAUUCGGCGAGAACUGGCGGGCCGGAAUGAGGAUGUUCCGCGCACCAUUCCUCAUCAUCGAAUGCCUCUUCCUUUGGGGCGUCAAUGUCUACGGCUGGAGGUCGUCCGGUGUGAACCACGUCCUCAUCUUUGAGUUGGAUCCACGAAAUCACCUGUCCGAGCAAAACAUCAUGGAAGUGGCAUCCGUGUUUGGAGUUAUCUGGGCCUGCUGCGUCCUGAGCUACAUCUUUUGCGAUCCCCUCGGCAUCCCACAGUACGCAGCUCCGCUUUGCCUCUACACAUUGAUGGCUGCCUUUUUGCUGAAUCCCACGAAGACGUUCCAUCAUGAGGCCCGGUUUUGGGCCAUAAGGAUCCUCAUCCGGGUAAUCAUGGCUCCGUUCUGCUUUGUAAACUUUGCCGAUUUCUGGCUGGCCGACCAGCUGAACAGCAUGGUGCCAGCUUUUCUGGAUAUACCCUUUCUGAUUUGCUUCUUUGGUCGAAGUCCCACAUGGCACAAGGCUGGCAAGGCUGCCAGCCACUGUGUGGAGUACGUGUCUCUGUUGCAUCCCAUUGUUGCCAUAAUGCCUGCCUACUUCCGGUUCGCCCAGUGCAUCCGCAGAUACCGCGACACAAAGGAGUCAUUUCCGCAUCUGGUCAACGCCGCCAAGUAUGCAACGUCCUUCUUUGUGGUUAUAUUUGCCCACAAAUAUCACACGACCACCGACACCUACCCGCUGUCCAAGGAGAAUCCUUGGUUCUACUGCUGGAUUACGGCCGCCAUCUUCUCGUCCUGCUACGCCUACACAUGGGACAUCAAAAUGGACUGGGGACUGUUCGACUCGAAGGCGGGCGACAAUCGAUUCUUGCGUGAGGAAAUCGUUUAUUCAUCGACGUGGUUCUACUACUUUGGCAUAAUUGAGGAUUUAAUACUGCGCUUCAGCUGGACCCUGUCCAUGAGUCUAAUUGAGGCUGGCUACAUUGAGGGCGAUGUGAUGAUGACCAUUCUCAGUCCCCUGGAGGUUUUCCGUCGCUUCAUUUGGAAUUACUUUCGGUUGGAGAACGAGCAUCUAAACAACGUGGGCAAAUUCAGGGCUGUCAGGGAUAUAUCGGUCGCUCCAAUGGAUUGCUCGGAUCAGACCACGAUUUUGCGCAUGAUGGAUGAAACUGAUGGCGUGUUGAAUCGAAGGCGUGGAAAAGCCGCUGGCGGCAAAUCCGCAACGAAGAAGAACAAACAGGAGCAGCGACUGCUCCUUCAAGGGGAAUCCAUUGAGGAUCUUUGCUCGUAGUUGGGUUACCCAAUAAACAUCUAUCUCUCUGUGUGCACAAAUUUUACGUUUAUGGCAAUAAAGCACUUCAGUUGCAUUUGCGGACACUGAAUAAAUGGUCCAAAUGGUUCC